AUUCUGGAUUUCUGGCAAGUGGCAAGGGCAACCAAGAAGACUACAAAUACUAAAAUUAUUAAUUAUUAACAAUAAGAGUAAAUUGUUUAUUUAAAAAAUGCCAAAAGUACGUAAAGUUCAUCGUAAAAAAACUUUCAAAGUUAAUAUUAACAGAAAAAAACUACGUAAUAAAUUGAGAAAAUUACCAGCAAUCACAUGCCCCCAGGUUAAAGAAGCAUGGGAGAAAACAAGAUCAACAAAAUCAAAUUUAACACAAAUGGGUUUGGCAUAUGAUGCCAAUGCAUCAAUUAAAAUCCCAAGUACAAAAAGUGAAAUGUUAAAAAAAGCCAAAUUAUUGGCAUCUGGUGCUCUUGUAACAGCUAGUGUUGGACCAAAAAAAAAAAAAAGAGUAGCAAAAAAAAAUAGUGUUGCAUUGGCAUUAGAGGCUGAUGCAAAUGCACCACGUGAAAGAAUGUUUCGUUUACCAAGUGGUCAAGUACAAUUUUUAACUUCUAUGAUGGAUAAAUAUGGUGAAGAUUAUCAAUCAAUGGCACGUGAUAAAAAAAAUUAUUAUCAAUUAACAUGGAAACAAUUGAGAGCUAAAAUAAAUACUUUUAAAGGAAUACCAGAACAAUAUGCUGAAUAUUUAGUUAAUAAAGGUGAAAUUGUUCUUGAUGAUGAUACACAAUCAUUCAAGGAUACAAAACGUAAAUUAAAAAUUUAGAAUAACCAGCGAUAUUUUGUUGUACUUUUAAGUAUUUUUUUUUUUAAGUUAAUAAAUUAAUCGAGUUGUUUAAACAUAAUUGAUGAUUGAGUAUUUAUUUAUUAUGUAUUUGUUGAUAAUUAUUUGCUCCAUUUUCUAAAUUCCAUGUGGCUCAUGUAGCCGUCUAGCGGACAAAUGGUGCCUUAAUUUUUUUUUUCAGAAUUAAACUGGUGAUCAAUGAUCAUUCACAUGUCAUUGUUGUGCAUCAACUUGUCGGCGUAAUUUAAUUUUGUUAUAAUAAUUAAACAAGAUAAAAAUGGCAAACGAGUCAAUCUCAUCAUCAUUAUCAUUUUCUGGUGGUGGAAUGAAAUAUUCUGCCGAGAAUAUUGAUCACCUUUAUCAACAAAUUUCAGCAAAUCUCAAUGAAAUUCAAAAACUGUCUGGCAGUGUCGACACCAACAUGAAAAACAUUCGCCAAGAAAUGAUUGUUACAGCAAAAUUACUUGAUGCCAUUGAUAAAAAAAAUGAUAAAAAUUUACCUGAAGAAAUCAACAUAAAUAAAUAACCUAAUAA